GUUUAAAAUAUUAGUAAUCUUUUCUGUGUUUUUGUUAGGAAACAUCUGCAAUGUCAUUUAUAUUUGACUGGAUCUACAGAGGCUUCAGUGGAGUGCUGCAGUUUUUAGGUUUGUAUAAGAAGUCUGGAAAGCUGGUUUUUCUUGGGCUGGAUAAUGCUGGGAAGACGACUCUACUGCACAUGCUCAAAGACGACAGAUUAGGACAACAUGUGCCCACAUUACACCCCACGUCAGAGGAGCUGACCAUCGCAGGAAUGACUUUCACUACGUUUGAUCUGGGUGGUCAUGUACAAGCACGGAGAGUGUGGAAGAACUACCUUCCUGCGGUCAACGGCGUGGUUUUCCUGGUGGAUUGUGCGGAUCACGAGCGUCUGGCAGAAUCAAAGCUGGAGCUGGAUGCUCUGCUGUCAGACGAGACCAUCUCCAGCGUUCCCGUGCUGGUUUUGGGGAAUAAGAUCGACCGUCCGGAGGCCGUGAGCGAGAUCAGACUGCGAGAGGUGUUCGCUCUGGACGGACAGAACACUGGGAAGGGAAGCGUGUCGCUGAAGGAGCUGAACCUGCGGCCGCUGGAGGUCUUCAUGUGCAGCGUCUUGAAGAAGCAGGGUUACGGCGAAGGUUUCCGCUGGCUCUCGCAGUACAUCGACUGAUUUCAGCCGCUCUGGCCUGAUUUGAUUUUAUUAUCAGCAAUAAGUAUGGAACGCGGAUUAAAAUAAAAAAAAUAAAAAAAAAAGUCAUUGUGACUUUCUAUCUUACAA